AUGGACAUCGGUGGUCUGGAGACGGUGGUGGCAAACUCUGCCUAUGUCUCUGCCCGAGGCAGUGUGGACGGGGCUGCAGCAGCCAACAUGCGGGACAAGAAGAUGCGUGCCAGGCUGAAACUCCCACACAUCAGAGACUGCGAGCACAUGAAGACAACGGUAGACACAACAUUCGACAGCAUGUGCAUCAAACAGCCCAUCGGCAAGCGCCUGUUCCAACAGUUCCUGGAGACUGACGCCACCCACAAAAAUGCCGGCGAGCUGUGGAAGGACAUAGAAGACUACACCACAUGCCAAGAGAAAGACAGAGUUCAGAAGGCCCAAAAAAUAGUCAAUAAAUACUAUGAGUCGGCUUCAAAGAAUUUUUGCAGCUUUCUGGAGGAGAAGGCCGUCACUCGAGUGAAGGAGGACUACAAGAACGUCCGUGGCGACCUGUUUAAAGAGAGCGAGAAGCAGCUGCACAAACACCUGGAGAUGAACACCGUAGCAGGCUUCAAGAACAGCAUGUACUUCCUGCGUUUCAUCCAGUUCAAGUGGCUGGAGAGCCAGCCCGUCGAUGAGGAGUGGUUCAUGGACUUCAGGGUCUUGGGGAAGGGAGGUUUCGGGGAAGUGUUUGCUUGUCAGGCAAAGGCGACGGGCAAAAUGUAUGCCAACAAGAAGCUGGAGAAGAAGAGGCUGAAGAAACGCAAAGGCUAUGAGGGAGCCAUUGUGGAGAAGCGCAUCCUCGCAAAAGUUCACAGUCGUUUCAUUGUGACGCUGGCCUACGCCUUCCAGACCAAGACUGACCUCUGCCUGGUCAUGACCAUCAUGAACGGUGGAGAUCUCAGGUUUCAUAUGUAUAAUGUGGAUGAAAAGAAUCCUGGUUUCGAUGAGAAGAGAGCAUGUUUCUACACAGCUCAGAUCAUCUGCGGGCUGGAGCACCUGCACCAGCACCGGAUCAUCUACAGAGACCUGAAACCAGAGAACGUACUACUGGAUGACGCAGGACACGUCCGUCUGUCAGAUUUGGGUCUGGCUGUCGAACUCCCACCAGGAAAAGACAAAACUACUGGAUAUGCCGGAACUCCAGGUUUCAUGGCUCCGGAGCUGAUCCAGAAGAAGGAGUAUGACUACACGGUGGAUUAUUUCACUCUGGGUGUCACCCUCUUUGAGAUGGUUGCUGCCAAAGGGCCCUUUAGAGUACGAGGAGAGAAGGUUGAGAAUGACGAGGUAGCCCGCAGGAUCAUCAACGAUCCAGUCGCAUAUACACCAAAGUUCAGCAAGGAGUGCCAGGAUCUUUGUGAAGGCCUGAUGAUGAAGGACCCAGCCAAACGCCUUGGGUUUAAAAAUAAUGAAUGCGAGGAGCUCAAGAAUCAGCCCUUCUUCAAAGAUAUUAACUGGGGCCGUCUGGAAGCAGGUAUGCUCCCUCCACCAUUUGUACCCGAUCCUCGGAUGGUCUACGCCAAAGACAUCGACGAUGUGGGUGCAUUCAGCACGAUCAAAGGCGUGGUUCUGGACAACACGGACACUGAGUUCUACAAUGACUUUGCCUCUGGCAAUGUCCCGAUCCCCUGGCAGGAGGAGAUGAUCGAGACAGGCGUGUUUGGAGAGAUGAACAUCUGGGGAGAGAACGGCAAGCUACCCAACGACCUGGACCUGAACUUUGUGGAAACCAAAGGUGGAGGAUGUGUGCUUCUUUGAAACAGAGCAGAAGGCAAGCAAGGAAUUGAAAUUAAACAUAUAGAUUUGGUGUGUGCUCAUUUGGUGCCAGUUACUCCUAAUCUGUAUUAUGUGCAAUUUGAACAAUAACUUGUUAUCGUUGUAAUGAAUAUUAUAAAUGUAUUUACAUAUUUAAAUCCAUACUAUUAUGUACUUAUGUUGUAACAUUUAUAGUGUUCCUAUAAAAGUAGCAUCAGGGUUAAAAGUUGAAAUAUGUAACAAAAAUGUAAAUAUGUCUGCACUGCUACUGGCUACGGUAAUCUCACUGCGUGUUAAUAUUUGUGUUCAAUGUCAGCUAAGAAACCCGUCCAUCAACAGCUUGAUCCGACAUGUUGUGAUGGAAACAGGUACAUCAGACACAACAUCUUCCGAUUUCACAUUGAGUCCCAUUUUGUCGAUUUCAUUUUCCUCUGACUGGACAUUGACCAGGAGCGGCUGUUGUUUUUGUUAAUGUAUGUUGUGUAUAUAAUGAAUGUUAUCACUAAUUAUUUAUGUAUUAUAUAACCAAUGGCAAAGUUAUUAUUUUUGGCAGACACUGUAGAUAGAAGAGUACAGCAAUCAAUAAAAUCUUGAAAAGA